UCACCUGAAGAAGUUGCUACCCUUCUGAGGGCAGCAAAGAUAAAGAAUGUUCGUAUUUAUGAUGCCGAUCACAGUGUUCUCCAGGCCUUCAGUGGGACUGGGCUUGAAAUUGUGGUUGGACUUCCAAAUGGAUAUGUGAAAGAAAUGAGUGCCAAUGAGAGUCAUGCAAUGAGUUGGGUUAAAGAAAAUGUGCAGUCAUUUCUUCCAGGGACAAAAAUUGUUGGAAUCGCUGUGGGGAAUGAAGUUCUGGGAGGGGGUGAUUAUGAAAUGUGGGGAGCUCUUUUAGGUGCAGUUAAAAAUGUUUACAAUUCUAUAAAGAAGCUUGAUUUAGCUGAUAAAGUUCAGAUCACCACAGCUCAUUCACAGGCUGUAUUUGAUAAGUCCUACCCCCCCUCAUCAUGUAUAUUUAAAGAUGAUGUUGCUCAGUAUAUGAAGCCAUUAUUGGAAUUUUUCGCUCAAAUUGGCUCUCCUUUCUGUCUGAAUGCCUACCCAUUUUUGGCCUACAUGGGUGAUCCAGAGAAUAUAGAUAUGAAUUAUGCUCUUUUCCUGUCAACUCAGGGGAUUGACGAUUCAAAAACUAAUCUGCAUUAUGAUAAUAUGCUUGAUGCUCAGAUCGAUGCAGCCUAUGCUGCUUUAGAAGAUGCUGGAUUUAAAAAGAUGGAAGUUAUAAUUACUGAGACUGGGUGGGCUUCACGUGGAGAUGACAAUGAAGCAGCUGCAACAGUUGAUAAUGCUAGAACAUACAAUUAUAAUCUGCGGAAAAGGCUUGCAAAGAAGAAAGGAACUCCACUUAGGCCGAAGAGUGUGGUGAAAGCUUAUAUUUUUGCAAUUUUUAAUGAAAAUUUGAAACCGGGGCCAACUUCCGAGAGGAAUUUUGGACUAUUUAAGCCUGAUGGGAGCAUUGCAUAUGACAUUGGAUAUCAUGGGCUGAAAUCUUCAUCUGCUGAUUCGUUGCAGAAGUAAGUUACGGACGGCUGCAAAUAGCUGGAUAUGCUUUCAUCGGGCAAAGGAAAGAUUAGUGCAACAUUAUUGCACAAAUUAUGGUUAAUUACUAGUUGCAGAGAAUGAUAUAUUUGAUGACAAAGCUGUUUAUUUAUUUAAUUCGGUUUUGGUGAAUACUUAGCAGUUGACCCCUGUGUAUAUCAAGUGAAUAAAAGAAAUGGGAAAACAGAAUACCCAACCUCAGAUAACUCUUUACUAUUUACAGGAACAAAUUAUUGAGGGAGCAGACGUGUGCGUAUGCAGUUAUUUUUUUUUUUUUUUUUUUAUGAUUUAUGAUACUAAAUCAUCCACUG